UUGGUGGGAAGUGGGAACUGGUGUCAUGUGUGGUGGCAACACUAGACUAUACUAAAAUCUUUUCAUUUUUAUAUUUUCAAAAUAUCUUCCAGUUAUUCUAACUUUACACAUUCCUGCUUCCUGCUACAUUUUGCUGCUUAUUCUUAUCUUGCUAAUUUAUGUUUUUAUGAAAUACGUAUGAACAGCGGUUUGAAACCUACAUAACCUAUACAUCUUCCAGUAAUGUUGUUAUUCCCAAAGAGUAAAGUUAUUCCUAUCCCGAAAAGCAACUGAUAGUGAAUUAUUGACCAUAGCAGCUGCACCGCCUGUUAUUCACUGCGCUGCUUCCUGUGCAGUUUUGCUUGACCUGUUUCAUUCAGUGUUGGUUUGUGUGCUCAGGCAACAAGAAGACACAGCGCGGGAUAGCACAAGUAGUAAAUAGACAAUACCUAGUACAUGUUGCAUAAAAGUUUUCCUACAUGUUCAUUGUUGGUAAAAAUUAAACAUCUCAAAUUAUUUAAAAUGGCAAAAAGUUCAUUUGAAUAUGUCAAAAAUUUUGAGCUGGAUGACACUCUGUUACCAAAUUCUUGGAUGGUUAUCAGGUUAGAUGGUAAAUGUUUCCACAAGUUUUCAGAAGAUCACAAUUUUACAAAACCUAAUGAUUCAAGAGGAUUAAAAUUAAUGAACUAUGCUGCUUAUUCUGUACUGAGUGAGUUUAAUGAUCUGUUGCUGGCAUAUGGACAGAGUGAUGAAUAUUCAUUUAUAUUUAAAAAGACUUCAACACUAUAUAAUAGGAGAGCCGCAAAGUUGCUUACGACUAUUAACAGCAAGUUCACUUCAUCAUAUGUCUUUUACUGGAAUAAAUUUUUUGAUGGAGAACAAUUAAAGUAUCCACCUACAUUUGAUGGACGCAUAGUUGUGUAUCCAUCUGAAGAGAACCUUGUUGAUUACCUGAAAUGGCGGCAAGCAGAUGUGCAUAUUAAUAAUCUCUAUAAUACAACAUUCUGGACUCUUGUUUUACAGGGCAAUCUCAGUCCUGCUCAGGCUGAAAAACGUUUGUGUGGUACUGUGUCUGCUGAUAAAAAUGAAAUCUUAUUCAAAGAAUUUAACAUAAAUUACAAUAAUGAACCUGAGAUGUAUAAGAGGGGAACAUUGCUGAUAAGGAAAACUUUAUCUAAUGAAGUAUUGAACAAAAACAUUUCUGUGAUUGUGGAUGUCCACAGUGAUAUGUUAAAAGAUACAUUUUGGAAAGAACACAGCGCCUUGUUAUCUAAAUCUAAGCAGCAGCUAAACUAUGAUGGACCAAUCACAGAUAUAUUGAAUGAACAGAUUGCUAGCAAAGCAAAAAUGGCACAAGAACAAGUAGAAAUAAGUGUAUAAGAAGGCAAAUAAAGACAUUUUUUGAAAUA